AUGGCUUCCAUUUCGAUCCUCCGUCUUACUGCUCGUCCUGCCACGUCCACCCUGUUCAGACCUUGCACACGACCCUUCAGGAGAGCUCCAGCUAUACCUCAGUCUGUUUCUGCGCGAUCUCCUUUUAGCUCCACUGCUAUCCAGAGAAGCGCUGGCCACGAAGACGAGACAUACGAGGAAUUUUCAGCCAGAUAUGAGAAGGAGUUCGAUGCUGUGCAGGACGUUUUCGAGUUGCAGCGAAACUUGAACAACGCCUUCGCGUACGACCUGGUCCCUUCACCCGGCGUCAUUACCGCUGCCUUGAAGGCCGCACGGCGAGUCAAUGACUUCCCCACAGCCGUGAGAAUAUUUGAAGGCAUUAAAGCCAAAGUCGAGAACACCCAACAAUACGAAGAAUAUCUGGAAGAGCUGAAGCCACUUCGAGAGGAGCUCGGCAUCAACUUGAAGGAGGACUUGUAUCCCAACAACAGCGACAGCCCUUACUACAACCCAUAG